UCUACUGCCACAAAUGGCCGCGUGUGGCAGACAAAAGCGCAUGAAAAAUUCAUAAGGAAAAUUCAAAAGAGAAAACAACAACAAUCCAGCGUCAACCGUCAACCGUCAAGCGUCAUCAUCAUCAAAUGUCGAGCGGCGAAUGAACGGUACUUUCAAAUACCCAAAACAUAAAGCUAAAACCAAGUGUUAAGUCAACAUGCAAAUUGCCUGGCGAGCAACCAAACAGGACGAACAGACCCAAAAAGCAGCAGCAGAAGCGCCAGAAACACAAUAAAAAUUGCCAAUAAAUGGGCGAAAGAGCGGUAGAAGAAGGAGGAGGAGCAAACGGAGGUGGACGAGGAAAUGGAGCAGGAGGUGAUGUAGGUGGUCGUGGCUUUGUUGUUGUGGCUGGCGCUAUGGGAGUAGCCAGAACCAAUGGCAUGGAUAUACGCACAAGGACAGCAAUGAACAGCAACAACAACAAGAACAACAGCAACAAGAACAACAAAAACAAGAACGAGGAUAACAACGAAUCGACGUCAGUCAAACGUAGCAACAUAGCGAAACUUCCGCAUAGGAUGCGACGGAACGGAAGUUAUUUUGGUCGUUUGAACGUACGGAUCUAUCUCAUCUAUUCAUGCUGCUAUCUGCUGCUGAUAAUGGCAGCAGCUGGCAGCAACAAUGUGGUAAAUGGACUCAAAUGCUAUUGCAAUCCAAAGGAAUGCGAUGUUAUACGGGCCCUCGACUGCCCCGGCAAGGGCUUAAUGCUAUGGGAUCCAUGCCAAUGCUGUCGCAUAUGCGCCAAAACGUUGGGCGAAUCCUGUGGCGGACCCGGAGGCUUUUCCGGACAGUGUGAGCCGCCUCUUCAGUGUGUUACCAAACUGCCCAUUAGCAGCGGUCUGGGCGUCUGCAUGGAUCUGCAACACCUGACAGCGCUCACAUACAGCCAGCUUAACAACUGUACAGAGAAUGAAUCCAUUGUAAUGGAACCGGGCUGUGAGAUAACCAACAAACGUUGCCAAUGUUGGCCCACAAUGCGAACCUGUCUCAGUCAGUUGUCCACUGAUGGCGCCUCACCCAGCGAUUCGCGUUGGCAUUUUAAAAAUCUCGAGGACUGCCAAUUAAACUUGCAAAAUCUAAUAAAACUCGAAUUGGAAUUCGAUGAAGACUAUAAAAUCUCACCGAGCAAAUUUACAUACAAAAAGCUGCGCAGAAAGCGAAAAUCGUUGAGAAAACGCAUCAUCAUUUUGGAAGACGCUGCCAUCCCGCAAGCCAUCUAAACGUCCCCCUCUCUUUCUCA